UCCCAUUCCGGCACAGUCACACGCCGAAACGCCCUCCCUCGGUUCCCCCUGCUAGCAUCUCCCGCCGCCCCUAAUUCCAACACUCACAUAAGACUCGGUAGCAGCAGCAGCUGCACCACCACCAUCACCACCAGAAUCGUCAACGGCAUUCGCAUAGUCAAAUUCGCCCCAACUCAAGCGUCUCUCACCGACCCCUCCCCUCACUCUCCUUCGUCUCCGAUUUCCCCUCCUCACUCCUCCCCUCCACCCUCCUCCGCCUCUUCCGCCUCCUCCUCCGUCGCCUCCUCCGCAGCCUCCGCCGCCUCCGCCCCGCGUUUUUCCGCUCCCGGCGCGAAAGGCAUCGGCAGGGGCAGGCAGGCCGCCGCCGCCGCUGCGCCUGACGGCGGUGCGACGGAGACAGUUGUCGGGCCGCGUUUCGAGUUCGUUUCGUCUCCGCCGUACGAUCGGCAACGGAGAGCGCGGGAGCCGUCGGUGGAGGAGAUGCGGGAGGUGCUGCUGGGCGGCGAGGUGGGGCAAGCUUUGGACGGACAUGCGGCCAGCGCGGGGCCGAGUCCGGUGGCUGAGCUGUCAUACGAGCUCGUGCAAGGCGCACUGGUGCGUUGGUCGGAGGACCGCACUCGCCGCCAGCCCCCUCCCCCCACAGCAGUGCUCAUUCACGGCAUCCUGGGCAGCGGCAAGAACUGGGGCUCCUUUGCCAGAAGGCUUGCCACAGAGUUCCCCGCCUGGCAGUUCCUGUGUGUGGAUCUGCGUUGCCACGGGGCGUCCACAGCAGCAUCGAGGCACCUGGGGCCGCAUUCAGUGCACUCUGCAGCCAAGGACGUGCUGCACCUGAUGGGUUGUCUCCGCAUCACUCCCCGCAUUCUCAUUGGCCACAGUUUCGGCGGCAAAGUGGCUUUAAGCAUGAUAGACCAAGCAGCCAAGCCCAUGCCCAGCGCUAUCAAGGUGUGGGUGUUGGACGCUACACCGGGCAAAGUGAGGGCAGGGGGCGACGGGGAGGAUCAUCCUGCUGACCUGAUCGACGCACUCAGAGGCAUGCCGCCACUGAUAUUGGAUCGCAGCGAGGUGGUGAGCUCUCUCCUCUCACAAGGCUUCUCCAAGCCCAUCGCGCAGUGGAUGACCACCAACCUGUCCAAGACGCACCUGCCCUCACUAGGCCUGCUUCAGGACCUGCCUCCUUCACAGCAGCACCUGCAUGAGGAGGCGGCGAGGGCGGCGAGCAGGGGGCAGGCGGCAUAUGGGUGGACUUUUGACCUGGAGGGGAUUUCUCAGAUGUACUCCUCGUAUGAGACCACCAACCUGUGGCAUCUAGUGGAGGACGUGCCAGAGGGAGUGCACAUCAACUUCCUGCGGGCUGAGAGGUCGCUGCACCGGUGGGCACGGGAUGACAUUCGGCGGAUAGUGGGAGCGGAGCAGGAGGCAAUGGGGCAUGGCGCUGCUGUGAGGAUGCACGUGCUGGAAGACGCUGGGCACUGGGUCCACACCGACAACCCAGAUGGACUCUUCCAGAUGCUCGCACCUUCCUUCGGUCCCUCACGCUUUAGAGACCAUUAG